AUGGCGAAAACAAUUGCUGUUCUAGGAGCUACAGGAAACCAAGGCGGUGCUGUAGCAUCCUUCUUCAACGCGCAAGGCUGGAUUGUCCAAGGCAUAUCUCGCUCGGCCAGCAGCGCUUCCUCCAAAGCUUUGAUCUCGAAGGGGAUUUCCGUGAUCGAAGCUGAUGUAGACGACUUCACGACCCUUGUCUCAGCGUUCAAAGGCGCGCAUGUGAUCUUCGCUGUAACGGACUUUUGGGCACCUUUCUUCGAAGCAUAUCCUGAACUUUCUAAAGUCUCGGACCGAGCAACGGGCGAACAUGCGCUUACUAUCGAAGUCCGUCGAGGCAAAACCAUCGUCGAUGCUGCCACGAAAGUGCUGGAAGAAGAAGGUAUUCUCGAGAGAUUUAUAUUUAGUACUCUGCCAAGUUUCAAAGAGCAGAGCAGAGGGAAGUAUACAUAUGCGUAUCACUUUGAUGCCAAAGCCAUUGUAUCAGAGUAUCUGAAGGAACAAAAAGCUCUGUGGGAGAAAAGUAGUUUGUUGAACAUGGGAUUUUAUACAACGAAUCUGGUUAAAAUGGGCAGUCUUAUGGGUGCAAACAAGGAUACUAACGGAAGUAAAAUUAUCUGGCGUCGGACUGGGACCAAUGAAGCUGUGCAUCCUUUUGUCGUCCCUGAUGAUGCCGGAAUCUUUGCAGAUCUGUUGGUUAGAUCGCCCCCCAAGCAAGACCUUUUGGGCGUGAGUGAAAUGGCUAGUUAUGCCACAUUUAUGAAUAUUUGGAGUGAGGUCACUGGUGUACCAAGUGAGGUUGAGCAAGGCACAGAGGAUGAGGCAGACAAAGCUAUACCAGGUGGGCUUGGAAGAGAGGCUGCCGAGAGUACUAGCACGAGUGCUGAGUUCGGAUGGGGCAAGCAUUUGGUUUUGCCUAAGGAUCUUGACCCAAAGGUGAAGACGACAAGCUUGAGGAGCUACUUCGAGAACGAGGACUGGAAACCCUUUCUGGAGAAUGCUUAA